CAGUCCCCUUUCUGCUUCUCACUAUCUGUAUAUGCCCUUGAGCAAGCUGCUUGCUUUCUCUAGGUCUACUCUGUUUCAAAAUUAGAGUGGGAUUAGUGGUAUGGCUUCUUCCUGUCUCUAAUUCUGUGACUGACUGCUCCAGAAAAUCCACUUUCUCUGUAUUUUUGCCUCAAGUUCCACCCCGACCCCUCCAUGCUCUUCUCAGUCCUCUGUCUCCUCUUGAAUCUCCCGACUGUUCCCCUUCAAAACGCCCCCCUUCCAAGAGUCCUCACAGACCUCCUUGGCUGGCACUGGCCCGAAAGGGCAGCCCCUCAAGGGUGGGCAUGCCACUGCCCCUUUAAUUCUCCCAGGCUUGGAAUGUAAGUGAGUCGCACUCGCCAUCUCUGUGAGGUCAGAUAAGAUACUAUAUAUAUCGGAGUCAGUAACCUGAGCUCCGGAUUACCCAGCCUGGAGUCAGGCUCCAGCUUCUGGGCUUUCCACUGCAUUCCCUGCCCUGCUGGGGAAGAAGAAGCCCCCAAGUCCCAUCCAGUGCCCCUGGACACAGCCCAUGAGGCUCCCAGUCCCCACUGAGUGCCGCCCUGAAGGAUGUCCCAGCUCUCCUCCACCCUGAAGCGCUACACAGAAUCAGCCCGCUACACAGAUGCCCACUAUGCCAAGUCAGGCUAUGGCACCUAUACCCCUUCCUCCUAUGGGGCCAACCUGGCCGCCUCCUUACUGGAGAAGGAGAAACUUGUUUUCAAGCCGGUCCCCCCCAGCAGCUUCCUCAACCGUCCCCGUACCUAUGGCCCCUCCUCCAUCCUGGACUAUGACCGGGGCCGCCCCCUGCUGAGACCUGACAUCACUGGGGGUGGUAAGCGGGCAGAGAGCCAGACCUGGGCCACUGAGCGGCCUUUAGGCAGUGGCCUCAGCGGGGGCAGUGGAUUCUCUUAUGGAGUGACCAGCAACUGCCUCAGCUACCUGCCCAUGAAUGCCCAUGACCAGGGGGUGACCCUGACCCAGAAGAAGUCGGACAGCCAAUCAGACCUGGCCCGGGAUUUCUCCAGCCUCAGGACCUCAGAUAGCUACCGGACAGACCCGGGGAACCUGGGCCACAGCCCCAUGCUGGCCCGGACGCGCAAGGAGCUCUGCACCCUGCAGGGGCUCUACCAGGCAGCCAGCCGCCCUGAGUACCUGGUCGACUACCUGGAGAACUAUGGUCGAAAGGGCAGUGCCUCUCAGGUGCCCUUCCACACCCCUCCCUCACGAAUCCCUGAAGUCCUCAGCCCUACCUACCGACCCAUUGGCCGCUACACGCUGUGGGAGAAGGGAAAAGGUCAGGCUUCUGGGCCAACCCGCUCCAGCUCCCCAGGGAGAGACAGCAUGAAUUCUAAGAGUGUCCAGGGUCUGGCUGGUCUUCGAAACCUUGGGAACACGUGCUUUAUGAACUCAAUUCUGCAGUGCCUGAGCAACACACGGGAGUUGAGAGAUUACUGCCUCCAGAGGCUCUAUGUGCGGGACCUGCACCACGGCAGCAAUGCACAUACAGCCCUCAUGGAAGAGUUUGCAAAACUAAUUCAGACCAUAUGGACCUCAUCCCCCAAUGAUGUGGUGAGCCCAUCUGAGUUCAAGACCCAGAUCCAGAGAUACGCCCCACGCUUCGUUGGCUAUAAUCAGCAGGACGCUCAGGAGUUCCUUCGCUUUCUUCUGGAUGGGCUCCAUAAUGAGGUGAACCGAGUGACACUGAGGCCUAAGUCCAACCCUGAGAACCUCGAUCAUCUUCCUGAUGAUGAGAAAGGCCGACAGAUGUGGAGAAAAUAUCUAGAACGGGAAGACAGUCGGAUCGAGGAUCUCUUUGUUGGGCAGCUAAAGAGCUCCCUGACAUGUACAGAUUGUGGUUACUGUUCUACAGUCUUUGACCCCUUCUGGGACCUCUCACUGCCCAUUGCUAAGCGAGGUUAUCCAGAGGUGACAUUAAUGGACUGCAUGAGGCUCUUCACCAAAGAGGAUGUGCUUGAUGGAGAUGAAAAGCCAACAUGCUGUCGCUGCCGAGCCAGAAAACGAUGUAUAAAGAAGUUCUCCAUCCAGAGGUUCCCAAAGAUCUUGGUGCUCCAUCUGAAGCGGUUCUCAGAAUCCAGGAUCCGAACCAGCAAGCUCACAACAUUUGUGAACUUCCCCCUUAGAGACCUGGAUUUAAGAGAAUUUGCCUCAGAAAACACCAACCAUGCUGUUUACAACCUGUACGCUGUGUCCAAUCACUCCGGAACCACCAUGGGCGGCCACUAUACAGCCUACUGUCGCAGUCCAGGGACAGGCGAGUGGCACACUUUCAACGACUCCAGCGUCACUCCCAUGUCCUCCAGCCAAGUGCGCACCAGCGACGCCUACCUGCUCUUCUACGAACUGGCCAGCCCGCCCUCCCGAAUGUAGCGCCAGGAGCCGCGUCCCUUCUCCCUUCCCCGUGGUGGCCCCGCUCCCUGACUUUUUCAAAAAGACAAAAACAACAACAACAAAAAGAAAACACAAGCCUGACAAGAGAAAAACAAACCUGAAGCUGCCGAGCAGGAGUGGAUGCAGCCUGGUCAGGGUCUGGAGCAAGGAGCCGGGCGCUCCCGAGCCGUGGCCCGGCAGGGAAGACCGCCUGGAUAUGGAGCCAGCGUCGCCCCGUGCCCGCGGCGUCUCCGUUUGUAUUUGUAAGCCCGUGGUCUUCCUGUGUGUCCGCAACAGCCGUGUCUGUGGGGAGAAGACCCUCGCUGCCCCGCUGCCCGCCGCAGCGCCGACGCCUCCGGGGGGACAGCGCCCUCUGGAGCCCGCUGGGAGCAUCGCCGCCUGGACGCCCGCGCCGCGGAGGACCGGCGCCCAUCUGCGCCCGCACCGCUUGCCCGUCCAGAGCCGAAAAACACCCAUGAGCCAAGAGCCCUCUUCACGCUGCUAACUCCAGGGGACAGACGAAGGGACAUCUUUGGAAAACGCUGGUUUUGGUUUUUAAAAAUCCCAACUUUUUUUUUUUAAUUUCUGUAACUAAAGUGUUUAGACUGGAAUGCUCUCCUUCAGGCCUCUUCACAGCUGGGACAUUGCACUGGUCUUUUUUUUUUUUUUUCCAAGUACUACUUUUUUAAUCUAGCCCCCCAUGGUGCUAAGUGGGCGUUAGCCAGGCCCCAAGCACAACCACAGUAGACCUGGGAUCUAAAACAAGUUUCUGUUUUGGGGGUUUGGUGGUCCUGUUUUGUUUUUUAAUGUUUUGAAUGGAAUCUAGUUGCCUCCAAGAAUUGUGCCUUAUAGCAUUUGGGGACCAGGGGGUAACUGCCCCUCCCUGAAAUAUCCCUCAGCCUCUUCCCUUUUCCCCAGUGCUGUGUUCAAACCCGCCCGGGGAGGGGUCCUGCUCUUAGCUGGUUGUGCAUUGCACUGACUCGAAGAGGAAAGCAGGUAGAAGGAGAUUCCUUCCCACAGUGCAUCAAGUUCUUCCCGCCCACACCCUCUAACCCGCCCCUGGUCUGCUCCCCAGCUGUUUGAAGGAUAGCACAAGCCCCUCAUCCCUAGAGCUUCUCUCUCUUAUUUAUUCUCUUAACAUCCCUUUCCCCCUGGCCUUCCUGCACCCACCCCCUUCUCAGAGCCUCCUAGACAUAGCCCCUUUGGACCGAGUUUCUCAGGGAUGCCCAGGCCGCCCCUCAGCUCCUCUUGGUGUUGGUCUUCAGUCCUGCAGUGGGAGCUGGAGCCUGGGUAUUUGGGGACAUCUUGCCUCAGUGGUAUGGUUCCUUCCCGUGGGCUCAAUUUUGCCCUACAUAGCUGGACAAAGCUCUGUGCUGUCCUAGAGAGUAAGGCUGUCCAGCGCCAAGGACUGAAGCACUGUGCACCUGUGCACACCCACACAGCUGGGCCCAGCUUGUGCCCCGCAGAGCCUGGCAUCUUCCAGGCUUCCAGGAGGAGGCAUCAGAGAAAGAUACCCUGAGUUUUACUGGCCUGACACCCUUCUACAGGGAAGACCUGUGAACCUGAGCCCAAGGGCAAGUGUACACUUGUUUACUGUGUAAGCAAGAGUAGAAGAAUGUCUAAUGUACAGUGGAACCUUGUACAGAAUAAAUAAUAGCUUUGAGAAAUCAGUCA